AUGGCAUGGACGACGUGCGAGGUCCUCGUGCCCAAGACGAUUGGCCGCCGGGACGUUGACGGGACCGACGUCCGCGCGAUCGCAUCCGAAGCGCGCUGCAAGGUGCACGUCGAGGCGCCGCACCUCUCGCCGGUCGCCAACACCCGCCUCCUCGUGGUGGCCGGCGACCCGGACCAGGUCGGCCGCGCGCUGGCCGCGGCGAUGGACCACAUCCAGCGCCUGUACGCAGAGGCGCGCCGGCUGCCGUGCACAGCCACGUACCGCUAUGUGUAUGGCAAGGCGUCGCUGUACAUCUCGAGCCACUUUGCGAACGUGCUCUCGUCGCGGCGGGACCUCGUCGACGCGCUGCUGGUCGAUGGCAGCGGCAACGUAAGCAUUGCGCCGACCGAAGAGAUGUCGAUUGGCGUCACGAAGCGACAGGUUCAAGUCAUGGGCACCGAGCCCGAGGUGCACGCAAUC